AUGUCCUCAAAACCAGAAAGUCGAAAGACACCACAGCUGGGUAGCGAGGAGCUGAUCCCUUUUGACCAUGCUGCUGCUGGACAUGAAGGUGUUCGCUGUACGCCUUCUGGCGCCCUGAUCGCGAAACCAUGCACGCGGCAGGAGGUAGAAUUCUACGAAUCCAGCGCUCUCCACCCGGCAUUCCAGGAGUUUAUGCCCCUCUAUGUCGGAUCCCUCUCAUCUUCCGAGCAGCAGCAACCGCUUUUGGUUGCUGCCGCCCGAGAAUCCGGCGUCCUUCCUCUCCUUGACUCUGGCGACGUAACGGCCGAUUCCUCCCUUCCUAGCCAACCGACAUCGCACACAUCCUCCGUGCAAGGAGACAGCGCUGCCCUCGCCAAGGAGGAAGGAGCAUGGGUGCCCUCUGGAGGCAAGGAAAUUGAUACUGGCUUGUCGAUCGUGCUGGAGAACAUCGCCUGUGGCUUCCGUCGGCCGAACGUGCUAGACGUUAAGCUCGGCGCGCGUUUGUGGGCUGACGAUGCGCCACUCGAGAAGCGGAAGAAGCUCGAUGUUGUCUCUAAGGAAACUACCAGCUCUAGCCUCGGAUAUCGCAUCGCCGGUAUGAAAGUCUGGACUGGCCACAAUGGGGAGACCGACGAGGGCGACCGGACAGAUCCGUAUGCUACGAAAUACGAGGGUGCAGAGGGUGAAAAGGGCGAAGUCAUCGAGAAGGAUGGCUAUCGACGGUAUGACAAGUGGUACGGCCGCUCUUUCAAUAAGGACAAUGUCAAGCAAGGCUUUGAAACAUUCCUUGCCGGCGCAAAGGCGGGCAAAAUAGACCGAUCAAAGAUGGUCGCGCAGCGCUUAGUGAAAGAAUUGCAAGAUUUGCAGCUAGUUAUCGAAUCUGAAGAGAGCCGGAUGUACUCUGCGAGUGUGUUGGUGAUCUAUGAAGGAGAUAUAGAAGCGAUGGAGCACGCAAUUGAAGAAGAACAAAAAGCCCCAGCGCCCCGUUCUCGGGGAGAAGAAGAGGAUGAAGAUGAAGACGACGAGGAAUUUGAACUUCCCGAAGAAGCAUUGGAGCUGGUCAAUGUCCAGCUUGGUGAUGGGAUGCCUCAACAGGCUAUCAAUAUCAGCUUUGAUCCCGAAACUAUGCAAAUUCCUGAGGACGACGAGGACGAGGAGGACGAGAUUCCUAAAGUACACGCCCUCCGGCUGAUUGAUUUUGCACAUGCCAGUUGGACCCCUGGUCAAGGCCCAGAUGAGAAUCUUCUCAAGGGUGUACGCAGCCUCGUCAAAGUCUUUGAGGAACUGGCAGAGUGA